AUGGCAAGGAAAAAUGGCUCGAAAACUCAAGGCAAAACGAAAGGCAAUGGUAAUGGCAAGGCGAGAGGACCUUCUUCUGAUUCUCAAGCGUUGAAAACACGUUCAAUGGAUGAAGUGUUGGGGGUAGAGGCGAUCGAUUUUGAGCUUCAGAAUGAGGUUUUUACCCCAAAAUCUGGGUUGCAGCAUUUGCAAGCUCGUUCUGAAUUGCGACACUCAUUCAAUGGGUUCAUGGAGGUUAUUCAUGGUACUGCAACGCGAUUGAAUCAAGGUAAUUCUUCCCUUAAUCUGGAUAUUGGUGCAAUUUCAGUUCCCAUUCUACAACAAUUUGAUGAAGCUGCUGAGCCUAGUAUUGAUAUUGUUGAUGAUUUGUAUGCUGAAACUGUGAAUGUUGGUAACACGUCAUCUCAUACUCCUAAUGAUCUGGUGCAAAUUGAUAUUGAGGAUAUUCAGGAAGAGGUGGAUUUCUGGAACUCCUCUGUCGUGUGCUAUGUUGUGGGUGCAAAUCCACCAUUGAAUGUUAUGGAGGGGUUCAUUAGGAGAAUUUGGAGGAAUCUGAAGGUGGAUAAGGUUAGUAUGGUUAAGAAAGGGGUGUUUCUAGUGAGAUUUCAGACCAUGGAUUGGAGGGAUAAAGUGUUAACAAAACACUUCUUCUUUGACAAUAAACCUUUGAUGCUCAGGCCUUGGACUGUAGAUAUGAAUAUGGAGAAGGAGGAGAUCAGGGUGGUUCCAAUUUGGGUUCAGCUGAAGCUGAAUUUCAAAUACCGGGGUGAGAAGUCUUUAUUCAAGAUAGUACAACAGCUUGGUACUCCUAUUAAGAGAGAUCAGGCUACUGCAAGUAGAGAUAAGAUUCAGUUUGCUAGGGUAUUGGUGGAAGUUCCUAUGGAUACUCUCCCUGAUUUUGUGAAUUUUUUGGAUGAACAUGGUGAGCUGGUUAAGGUAGCAGUCCAUUAUGAAUGGAGACCAACUAUCUGUACUAGUUGUAAGAUGGUUGGACAUGUUGCUGCAGACUGUAGGAAGGGUGGUGGUAAGAGGAGGUGGGUGCAGAAAACCAUUCAACCAGUGGCUCAACCAGUGGUUCUUCUUGUUGUUGCUGAACCUGAAGUAGAUCAGGAGGGUUUCCAAAGAGCUCUUAGACCUAUUAGAGUUCAUUCUACUCCUGUUGUGCCUACUCAAACUGUUAAUUCCUAUGAAGUGUUGACAGAACAGGUUCACACAGGAGGGGGUAUGGAUUCUGUAGUUGAUAAGGGUGUUGGUUUGCAAUUGGGGCUUAACUCUCCUCAAAAACAGGAUGAUAUCAGGAGAUUCAUUCAGAAGUAUGGGGUUGGGUUAGUAGGCCUUCUAGAACAUAAGGUCAAGGGUGCUAAUUUAGGUACCCUUUACCAGAGAGUUUUUACUAAUUGGUGUUUCACCACUAAUGCUAGUUUCCAUCCAGGAGGUAGAAUAGUGGUGGCUUGGAAACCAGGUAGUUUUACAUUGAGUAUUGUAGCUGUCACUAGCCAGUUUAUCCACUGUUUAGUUGCUCCAGUAAGUGGUAAGCCUAGCUUCCAUUGUACUUUCAUUUAUGCUUUUAACACAAAUGCUCAAAGAAAGGAGUUGUGGAGGGAUCUGAAGUCCAUAAAAGUUAUUGGUCCCUGGGUGUUGUGUGGGGAUCUGAAUUGUGUCAUGACUGCUGAAGAGAGAGUUGGUAGUAUUGUAAGGCAAUCUGAAGUGGAGGAUAUUGUUGAGUGCAUGCAGGAGUGUGGUAUGGAAGAUAUCAGGUGUGUGGGCAAUUUGUUUACGUGGAAUAAUAAACAACAAGGGGUAGCUAGAGUCUUCUCUAAGCUUGAUAGAAUUAUGGGGAAUUUAGCUUGGCAGAAUACUUACAGUACUGCAGAAGUCUGCUUCAUGAGAGAAGGACAGUUUGAUCAUUGCCCUGGCAUCCUUACUGUCUUUCCUUAUGUGGUGGGUGGGAGGAAGCCUUUUAAAUAUUUCACCAUGUGGAAACAUUCUCCUGUUUUCCAGGAUACUGUGUUUAUUGCUUGGAAUACCAAUAUUAGUGGUAGUAAAAUAUAUGUGGUGGCUAGCAAGUUGAAGAAAGUUAAAGCUGGCUUAAAAGAACUCAAUAGAGUGGGGUUUUCAGACAUUCAAGCUGCAGAUCUGAGUGCAUACAAUGCUAUGUUGAGUGCACAAGAAGCAAUGCAUCUUAAUCCUAAUGAUCAGGCAUUAGCUGAUCAAGAAUUACUUGCUACAAAUGAAUACAUGAUUAAGCAUAUAGCUUACUUGGAGUUCUUAAAACAAAAAGCUAAGGUGGACUGGAUUAAAUCUGGGGAUGAGAAUACAGCUUUGUUCCAUCAGAGCAUUAAGAGUAGGAAUUUACAGAAUCAAGUUUAUAGUAUUCAUGACAUGAAUGGAGUAUGGAGGGAUGAUCCAAUUGUUGUGUCUGAUGCUUUUGUUUCUUACUAUAAAUCUUUGCUUGGUUCCACUUUUGGUCAAAGGAAAACUGUGAUUCCACAGGUUGUUCAGAUUGGGCCUAUUUGUUCUGAGGAACAUAAGGCAAUUUUGAAUGCUCCAUACACUACAGAAGAAAUUAAGGAUGCUUUGUUCUCUAUCAAAGGGAAUAAAGCUCCUGGACCAGAUGGGUUUGGGUCUCAUUUUUAUAGAGAUUCUUGGCAGAUUGUGAGCACUGAUGUCAUUGAUGCUGUUAUGGAUGUGUUGCAGUCUGGUAAGCUGUUAAAAGAAGUUAAUCACACUGUUAUUACCCUUAUUCCUAAAACCAAGUGUCCUAGGAAUGUGAGUGAUUUCAGGCCUAUUUCCUGUUGUAACACACUGUAUAAGUGUAUUACCAAAGUGUUGUGUUGGAGAUUAAGGAGAGUGCUACCUGAUCUCAUCUUGGAAAAUCAGGGUGGGUUUGUUCAUGGUAGGUUUAUUGUUCACAAUAUUAUGGUUGUUCAAGACCUGGGAUUUUUUAAGUCAAAAAGGGGGUUGAAGCAAGGUGACCCUAUGUCUCCCCUGCUGUUUGUGAUAUGCAUGGAGUACUUGUCCAGGAUUUUACAGAAAAUGAGUGGUGAUUUCAACUCCAUUUAUUUUCUACUGCAAGCUUUCAAAUUAUUCUCAGAUUCUUCUGGUUUGCAAGCUAACAAGUCUAAAUCUUCAAUUUACUGCUAUGGUAUGACUGAAGAUGUUGUGAAAAGAGUUUUAGAGGUGUCUGGUUUCAGCAGAAGUACUCUUCCCCUUCACUAUUUGGGUGUUCCUAUUAGCCCAAAGAGGAUUUCAGCUGCUCAAUGUGGGGUUUUAGUUGAGAAAAUGACUGCCAGGAUAAGAGUUUGGAGUUCCAGGAACCUUUCUUACACUGCAAGAGUGCAACUAAUAAAUUCUGUGCUUAUGAGUCUUCAUAUGUAUUGGUCCCAGAUUUAUAUUCUUCCUAAGUCAGUGUUGCAAGGUAUUGUCAAGAUAUGCAGAUCUUUUCUUUGGAGUGGGAAAUCUUUCAGUCAGAGACCAAGUAAUGUUGCUUGGGAUAGUGCCUGUAUGGAUAAGAAUGCAGGUGGAUUGGGAUUUAGGAAUGUUGUUUUGUGGAAUGUUGCUAACAUAGGUAAGUAUGUUUGGGCUCUUGCUACAAAGCAGAUGAAUGUCUGGACAAAGUGGGUGACUUCUCAUUAUUCUGUCAAGCAAGUCUAUGAGAAAAUGAUUGGUGUCAAGCCCAAAGUUCACUGGGACAAAAUGGUGUGGAAUCGUUUGAACACUCAUAAACACAGGUUCAUUUGUUGGUUAGCUGUGCAGCAAAGGUUGCAAACAACUGCCAAGUUGGCUAGUAUUGGUGUCAGUUCCUCUACUGCUUGCCUUCUGUGUGGGCAAGGGAUAAAAAAUCAUGGUCAUCUUUUCUUCUCCUGUCCUUAUAGUAGUAAAUGUUUGGCUGAGGUGAAAGUUUGGUUAGGUAUUCAGUUGCCUGAAUACAAUUUGCAGCAGCUAAUCAAGAAGAUAGGGAAUAGUAAACACUUAAAAUUCAGAAAACAGGUGAUUUAUGCUGGCAUUGCUGCUACUGUGUAUACCAUCUGGAGAAGCAGAAAUAGUAGUUUUUGGAAUGGAGUUGUGCCUACUGUGCAGCACACUCUAUCUAGUUUGAAGCAGACUGUUAGAAGUCGAAUUAAGCUUGUCAUGCCUAAGUCUGUAAGUAGAAAGGAUAGUCAGUGGUUCUUGACUUUGUAA